AGGCCGCCGCCGCCUCGCCUGCACUGGGAAAAAGAGCACACACAUCACAGGGAGGGGGAGAAAAGGGCUCUUUCCACUCCCGCCUUGCUCGCUCUCCUCUCGCUGCCGCUGCACGUCCAUUCCCGAGGCUAGUCAUGGCUGAGGCUUUCGUUGGCGUUUGGAACCUGGUGGAGAGCUGCAAUUUCGAUAGCUACAUGAAGGCCAUCGAUGUGAGCUUUGCCACCAGACAAAUAGCAAACCUGACCAAACCCACCACUAUUAUUGAAGCUGAUGGCGACAAGGUGACUAUCAAGACUCAGAGUACUUUCAAGAGCACAGAGAUCAACUUCAAAUUGGAUGAAGAAUUUGAUGAGACAACUGCAGAUGACAGGCAUGUCAAGUCCCUUGUCACAUUAGAUGGAGGAAAACUUGUUCAUGUGCAGAAAUGGAACGGAAAGGAGACCACGCUAGUCCGGGAACUGAAGGAUGGAAAACUGAUUUUGACUCUGACCAUGGGCGAUGUGGUCUGCACUCGUACUUAUCAGAAAGCACAGUAAGUGCUUCCAUCAGCUUUCGACCACCAGUCAUUCAACGCCAACCUUAUUUGCCAGAUUGCCUGCAUUUUUUGUCCAGUGUUUUGUAUAGUUCUUGGACUUUUGAACCCAUUCAGUAUCUGACUCUCCUCACAACUACCUAGCACCCUGAUCUUUGGGGGUUUUCUUGACUUUUUGAAAAAAUUACACUGGGAGGGGAAACACAGUGUGGAAUAAAUUGAAGUUGUUACACAAUGGCA